AUGGCUCUCUUCGUCUGUAAAUGUUUAAAUGUAUCGUUAGAAAGUGAUAAAUUAGAAGAUAUUCUCGACAUCGGGAAACUGGAGUUAUCUUUAGCGGAACAAAGAGAUAUUUUUUUCAGUGAGAAACUAUCAGCAUGUACAACCAGUUCAUUAAAGAGUCAUGUGGUUCAACCUGCUUUAAUUGGUCACCGAGUAGUUGGUCGGUUCAGUCUGGAAACCUGCCUGGCUUGUGGGCAAACAACUCGAGCUUUGAUGCAGGAAAGAAACUUGGUUUUAUUGGCCAAGUCCCUUCAAACGACACAAGAAAAUAUAAAUAAUCUGAAAAAGAGUGAAAACUUCUCACCGGUAUUUCACUUAUUGGUGCCAGAGGUGACAAAUGACUUGGAAAUGAAAGAAAAUAUAGACACAAAUAACCAAUACUAUAGUGAGAGGAACGGAUGCUCGCCGUCAUUACAAGUCAUCGGAGCAUUGAAGAAACAACUGAACCAAACGUUAGAGUCUCAGCUGGAGGCUAUUGAGGAAACCGUGAGGCAGUUCAAAGAUCAGAAAUAUGCGGAGUAUGAAGAGUACAGAGUGAGGGCGCAGAGGGAUCACAAAAUAUUAUCUAGUAUUAUAAAUAAGACAAGAACGAACUUUGACAAUGACGGCUGGAACAACUCCUUAGACAAGAUACCCUCGCCCACACUACAGAGACGGAGACUCUCCUCCAUUAAAGAUGCCAAAAAAUUCACUAAAUAUGUUAAGUCAAACGCUCAAAUCCCUCACGAAGAGGAUUCUUUAGAUGCUGAAGAUAUUUUUGAUUUAGAAGGAAUGGACUCCUGUAACUACAUGGCUUCCGACAAUGAGGAUUAUGAUUCAGACCAGCUCAGUAACGAUGAGUCCAUGGGUCCUAGAACUCGCCCCGGGGCCGCAGCAUCCCUCGCGCGCUCUCUACCGGUCAGGGUCCCUGUCGUGAUGAGCAGACGAGAAGAUAUUACACACGAGGAGGAUUAUGAGGAGACCCAGGACAUAGCGGCGUCCAUCAAAGCCCUAGCCCGCUCGGUGCACGGCGACGUGUUCGAGCUGCCCCGCCCGCGCUUCUCCACGCAGAUCUAG